CGCUACCAUGUCCGCCCAGGCGCAGAUGCGGGCCCUGCUGGACCAGCUCAUGGGCACGGCUCGGGACGUCCGGCGACUGCUUCCCCGGCGGGUGCCGCGGCUCUGUGCCCCUCCGCGGACGGUGGAGUCGGCGGAGGGCUGGAAUCAGCGUGGGCUCCAGGUCGCUGGCAGUCGGGUGGCAGAACUCCUCCGAGGCUCCUUGGGAAGAAGCUACACCCGAGGGAGCCGGAUGGGGCUCGAAACCCUGGCCCGUUCUGGUUCUGUACCAUUGCAAGGGGAGCCGUAAACUGAGCUUCUCUAACGUGGGUUCUGCCGAGUACUUUUCCAGCUCCCCCCUCCCCCCCAGCACACAGGAGAGCCUCGGUGUAGCCAGCUCUUGGCAGUCGUUAGGUAGGUUGUACUGUGUAGGGAGGAGCUCAAGAUCAUGGUGGUUGUCACAGGAGAAAGCGAUUGCAUCUUUGCAAAGCUAAAAUACCUGCUGCGGUUUGUGUUUUCUUUUCUACUGAAGUAAUGAAGUUGUAAGUUCACACUGGCACAUUCUCAGGGCUGUGCAGAUUAUUUGCACUUUAUUUCAUAGGUGAAUAAGUGCUUUUUAGCUUUCUUUGUAUAUUGAGUUGCUUUUGAAUUGCUUCCCAUAUUUUUAUUUCAUACAAACUGAACAAUUGUGGCCCCUCUAUUUUAUUUAUAAAGGUUCAGUGUAUCUUUGCCUGCCUACAUCAAUCUGCAAGGGAGUUGCAGAAAGCCUCAUGUUCAUCGAGCCGUGAGUCACAACCAAUUUCUAAGCUGUUAUAACAAAAAAGUGUUUGCUUUUUUUCACGAGUAACUUUAAAAGUGUAGUUUAGAAAGAAAACAUUUUCAAUAAAAAGACACUACAUUAAUCCUGGAUGCUUGCAAAUCCUAAAAGAUAUUCCUCUAGUGUUGCACAGCUCUGUGUUGUACACACAGACUGGCUUUUAAAAUUUGUCACAUACCACUUUGCCUUUACUUUUAUGUAUCAUUCCCCCGACUUCCUUACUGCAGGUGUGGGCAAGAAAACUUUUCCUUUAACACUUUUCAACAGCGGGCAUAAAAUUCUGCAGCUGAGGUCUUGAAGAAUGCAGAUGGGUACAGUAUGUGUUGGAGCUCACAGUGUGUAUUGACUAACCUAGUUCCCUUUUGCUUUUUUUGGUAUUGUCUUGUUAAAAGUGACUCCCAGGUAGCAACUCUCUUUUUUAAGGGUGGGGACAAAAGGGACAUAGGAAGAAUAGAUUUAGAUUAUUUAAGCGUCUUCAAUAGCGUUUGAAAGCUUUAUUCUUCAUUCAAUUUUGGGCAAAACACUGCCUCUGCAUUUGUUCAUAACAAAAAGAUUAAUAAGUAGCUUUUGUUGGUGGAAAUUACCAGCUCUAAAAGUCACCCUUGGUGGUUCAUGGACCUCUGAUUAGCUUGGGUUGUGGAAUCUCAUUGCCACAUGUAUAUGUGGAGCCAAUGGCCUUUUGGUGCUCAGCCCUUUACGUCUGACUCCUUGACUUCUUUGGUACAGUGAUGGAGUCAGAUCUCGUUAAGUGCGAUUCUUCAUGAUGUAACUAGCCUAAAAAAAAAUGUGCAUUCCACUCCAGUUGUAAAUAUCUUUAGAGCAGCUUUUCAUUGUAUUUGAUGGGGAGAACACAGAAAUGAUAGUCUGCAAAUUAUUCAGGUGAAUUGUUAUAUUGGUUCGUUUUGUGGUUGAUGUGAUAAUAUUGUCUUAUUUAAAACCACAAAUGAAUUUCAGGAGAUGAAACCAGACAGAGGGUCAAGUUUACAGAUGACCGUGUCUGCAAGAGUCACCUUCUGGACUGCUGCCCCCAUGACAUCCUGGCUGGGACGCGCAUGGAUUUAGGAGAAUGUACGAAAAUCCACGACUUGGCCCUCCGAGCAGAUUAUGAGAUUGCAAGUAAAGAAAGAGACCUGUUUUUUGAAUUGGAUGCAAUGGAUCACUUGGAGUCCUUUAUAGCGGAAUGUGAUCGGAGAACUGAGCUUGCCAAGAAACGACUGGCAGAAACACAGGAGGAGAUCAGUGCAGAAGUUUCUGCAAAGGCAGAAAAAGUACAUGAGUUAAAUGAAGAAAUAGGAAAACUCCUUGCUAAAGCCGAACAGCUAGGGGCUGAAGGUAAUGUGGAUGAAUCGCAGAAGAUACUUAUGGAAGUAGAAAAAGUUCGUGCGAAGAAAAAAGAAGCUGAGGAAGAAUACAGAAAUUCUAUGCCUGCUUCCAGUUUUCAGCAGCAAAAGCUGCGUGUCUGUGAGGUCUGUUCAGCCUACCUUGGUCUCCAUGACAAUGACCGUCGCCUGGCAGACCACUUUGGUGGCAAGUUACACUUGGGGUUCAUUCAGAUCCGAGAGAAGCUUGAUCAGUUAAGGAAAACUGUUGCAGAAAAGCAGGAGAAGAGAAAUCAGGAUCGCUUGAGGAGGAGAGAGGAGAGGGAGCGAGAGGAGCGUCUGAGCAGGAGGUCAGGAUCAAGAACCAGAGAUCGCAGAAGGUCACGCUCCCGGGAUCGGCGUCGGAGGCGGUCAAGAUCUACCUCCCGAGAGCGACGGAAGUUGUCCCGGUCCCGGUCCCGAGAUAGACACAGGCGCCACCGCAGCCGUUCCCGGAGCCACAGCCGGGGACAUCGUCGGGCUUCCCGGGACCGGAGUGCGAAAUACAAGUUCUCCAGAGAACGGGCAUCCAGAGAGGCGUCCUGGGAGAGCGGGCGGAGUGAGCGGGGGCCCCCGGACUGGAGGCUCGAGAGCUCCAACGGGAAGAUGGCUUCACGGAGGUCUGAAGAGAAGGAGGCCGGCGAGAUCUGAACCUGUCUCCGGGUGCUGUAAAUAGUCUGAUAAACAUUCACACCGUCUAAAAUUACCCUUUAUAUUUGCUGAAUAUAACUCAUCUUUUGUAGUUUAAAAUUUCUAUUGUUUUGGAGCUAGCUGUGAGUUUCUAGAAUUGUACAGAGUUGCUCCUGUGUUUUGGGGUCAUGUUGAGUAGGAAUAAAUAAAUAUGAAGACUGCCUCCUGAGGCUGUG